GAAGUGGGUUCAGUAUUGCCACCACCACCACCAGGGCUUGUUGCUGCUGCUGCAGCGCAGCAAAGUGGACGUGCUUGGCCUCAGCCAACAAUGAUACCGCAGAGUGCACCUUCAAUGGUAAGCGGUGUUGAAAAUCCAGCGAAUGUUGAUGGUACAACGCGAUUCUAUUUAACUAAUCUUUAG